CGAGCCUCGGUUCGUUUUCCCACAAUGCCGUGCGCAUCUGUCAUGGCUGCUCACUGAUGCCACUCGCACCACAUGGGUGGAAAUAAACAAUUUAUCUCUGAUUAAGAAACACCGACUUGGCAGCAGAGUAAAACGGUUAACCGCCGGUAUUGAUCUGGGACAGUUCUGACUGAAGGCAGCAGCUCACUUACUUCACUUGAACAAGAGGCAGAGGUCCGGUGAUGCCGCUGGACAUAGAGAUCCCCGUUCUUCGGGGCUUUUUAACACCCAGCGAGGCGACGGAAUGGAAGCAGAGUGUUUUCACUACCGCAGAUGCAGGCUCUCUGCUGGAGUCCCUGAUGGAGGGGGACUUUGAGGCGGUUCUGCUGAGUCCACAGGUGUUAGAUUUGCUCACUGGAGAUGGCAGCUGCUGUGAGGGAGAGGACAUUGAGGCCUACCUGGAGAGACAGGUCCUACACUACCUGACUGGUGGCACCAACAAUGACCAGACCAACAGGGAGUUGGUAGUGAUGGCUGUGGCCGUCUCUUCCGUCCACAUGUUUGUCCAGAGUAACUGGACUGGCCCUUCAGUUUCCAUCCACAUCUCUGACCUGCUGCCCCCAGCCCUGCUCUCCUCUCAG